GCGUCGCCGCGGCAGCUCGCGUCGCGCGCCGCGCCCCCCCGCCGACACGAUGGCGAACCUGUGCCUCCACAACCGGGACCACGGUAUGACCGAGGCCCUGUGCCGCGGGUUCCGCACGGGGUUCCUGAGCGACACGGACUACCACCACCUCACGCAGUGCGAGUCCCUCGAGGACGUGAAGAUGAACCUGGCGGAGACGGACUACGACGCCUUCCUCGCCAACGAGGCGUCCGUGUCGCCCGCGGUCAUCCUCGAGUGCGCGACGAAGAAGAUGGUCGCCGAGUUCCAGUUCCUGCGCGCGCAGGCCGUCGAGCCGCUGGCGACGUUCCUCGACUACAUCACGUUCGAGUACAUGAUCGACAACGUCAUGCUCCUGCUCAAGGGGACCAUCUCCGGCCGCGACGUCGGCGAGCUCAUCGAGCAGUGCCACCCCCUGGGCAUGUUCCGCGACUCGACGAUGCGGUCGAUCCCGACGUUCGAGAACUCGCCGAAGGGCUACGCGGACCUCUACCAGACGGUGCUCGUGGACACGCCCGUGGGGCCCUACUUCAGCCGCUUCCUCCAGGAGUCAUCCGAAAAACUCACGAGCGCCGCCGAGGUGCGCAACGUCCUCGAGGAGGUGGAGAUGGAGAUCAUCAAGCACUCGCUCAUGAAGUUGUACCUCGAGGACUUCUACUACUUCUGCUGCUCCGUCGGCGGCGACACGGCGGAGAUCAUGGGCGAGAUCCUCAAGGCGCGCGCGGACCAGCGCGCCAUCAACAUCACGCUCAACUCCUUCGGCACGCCGCUCAACGAGCCGUCGAUGCGGUCGACGGACCGGAAGCGGCUCUACCCGUCCAUCGGCUUCCUCUACCCCGCGGGCACGGAGAAGCUCGCCGACGUCGCCGACGAGGGCCAGCUCGGCGCCGCCGUGUCCCACUUCCCCGUCUACCGCGAGAUCUGGGCCGUGCACCAGAACGAGUCCGUCGACGACCGCAGCAUCGACGACGCCUUCUACGAGCGCGAGGUCCAGAUGCUCGAGCUCGCCUUCGAGGGCCAGAUGCACUUCGGCAUCUACUACGCCUACGUCAAGCUCAAGGAGCAGGAGAUCCGCAAUCUUGUGUGGAUCUCGGAGUGCAUCGUCCAGCAGCAGAAGGACGAGAUCAACAAGUUCGUCCCCUGCUUCUCGUCGACGGCGCCCUGGCGCGCGUCCUAGGGCGCGUCCGCCACCCCUCCGGCGCGGCCGACCGUAACCUUACGCCGCGGCC